CUGAUCACUGUAUUGGUGUCACUGGGGAUGUCAGUGACCCCAAUGACACUAAUACAGUGAUCAGUGCUAAAAAUAUGCACUGACACUGUACUAAUGACACUGGCUGGGAAGGGGUUAAACAUCUAGGAUGAUAAAAGAAUUAAAUGUGUGUCUAACCAGAGUUUUUGUAUGUACUUUUAGGUGCUUCACUAAGGGAUGUGCAGGAUUUUAUUCCCUGCUCUGCAGGGAAACAAAGUCCAGCACAUCUGCCUUAACAGGACAGAGCUUUGCCUUGUUUACA